AUGAAGUCUACCUUCCUCUCGAUUGUGUCGCUGGUCGGCCUGCGCUUUUGCGCCGGCAGCCAAACUCCAGGAUUGCAAUGGGACCCUGACACAAUCGCCUCCUGCGUCGAGUGGUAUGACAAUGACGAAGGUCUUACAUGCGAGGAAGCCAGAAACUACUGGGGCAUCACGCCUGAGCAAUUCACCGAAUGGAACCCUUCGGUCAGUCUCGACUGCGAGCCGUGGAGAUAUCAAUCCUACUGCAUCGUAACCCAGGAGAGACUGGACAAUUCAACCAAGACAACCACAACAUCCAGGCCAGCAAGCACUCCUACCACCACCCAACCCACCCUGGGCCCUUCUCCAACGGCAUGGACUCCUUUGGGCUGCUACUUCGACGACCCCAAGCUGCUGCCGCUUCUCCAGACGCGCGUGAGCAAGGAGGGUGGCAACCCCGUGCUGACGAUCGCCAAGUGCCAGAAUGCCUGCUACCUCGCGGCGCUUACAUUUGCAGGGGUCAAGGCCGGUAACGAGUGCUGGUGCAGUCCCUUCGUCGCUGGCGAGCACGCUCGUAACCAGACCGACUGUAACCUGCCCUGCACCGGUGACAAGAACGAGAUCUGCGGCGGCAAGGAGUCCGUCAACGUCUUUGAGCCCGUCACGGCUGAUGAAGAUGAACCAGUGCACAAACCUACUACUACUACUACUACUACUCCUACUACUAGUACCAGUACUCCUACCCCUGGUACCAGUGGCGAUAGUGGAAAUGGUGCUAACGACGACCCUGCCAAGUCUGGGGCGAUGAGGAACUUUGCACUAUUUUAA